AUGUAUAGUGGGUCAUCUUCGUCGAUAGGCGGAGCUGCCUCAUGUGGUGCCAUAAAUAUACCCGCGUCAAAGACUGGUCAUAAUGGGGUUGGCAGCGGAGACAGUGGUGACGAGAGCACACCGAGUACUCGCACGAGUUUCACGCCUCAAAGCAGCAGAAUGCUAAUGAACGGGUCACAGACCGGUAGUAAUAGGGUGAUCACGACGGAGGAAGACGUUUGCAGUUCACAGUCGUCCAGCUCGCCACGGCGAAGUGUUAAUAAUUAUCCAGUUCCACAAGCGUCCAGCAUGUUAUCGACGAUGCGCCGUGAGCGAGAAUAUGUGGACGAGGUAUACAACGAGCAUCUGAUAGACUCUGAUGAUCAGUCGCGGGUACGAUCCUAUGAUCACAGUAGAACGAGAUCAGAACCGAUAGUUCCAAUCUGGGAAAGAAGCAAAGAUUGUGCACCAGAGCAGAAGGAGAAGGUCGAACCGCCCGAUGAAGAGCUGCUGAACAUUGCCAAAUUCCCAACAGCAAAGCUAUUAGACAUGUUAACUGCAUUACUGGAGAAGAUCGUCAAAUCCAACGAUAAAUUGGCUGAAACAAACCCAGCAUUAAGCCAAGAGAGAGAGCUGAUGGGUUCUAAUAACAUUUAUUUAAAUUCAGUCUUGAGCUUUCGAGGGAAGCACAUUCCACAGAUCAGUCUCGAUCACUAUUUCCAAAGAAUCCAGAAAUACUGCCCCACUACUAACGAUGUUUUUUUAUCUCUACUGGUGUAUUUCGAUAGAAUAUCGAAGAGAUGUAAUAGUAAUAAUAAUGAGAUCAACAACGAUAAUGAACUUCAAUAUGACAUACAGGAAAAGAACAAACAACCGCAGCAACAGGAUGAACAGCGGCUGCAGCACCAACAGGCAUUUGUCAUGGAUUCGCAUAAUAUUCAUAGGUUAUUAAUCGCAGGAGUUACGGUGAGUACCAAGUUUUUCAGCGAUUUUUUUUACAGCAAUUCACGUUACGCAAGGGUCGGAGGUAUAUCUUUGCAAGAGCUCAAUCAUUUGGAACUGCAGUUCCUUGUACUUUGCGAUUUCGAACUGCUGAUAUCAGUUAGCGAGUUGCAGAGAUACGCAAAUCUUCUAUGCAAAUUUUGGCACAAUUCGAACAUGAUUGACAACCCAAACACUGAGCCAAAGACUUAA